GUGGCAUAUCGUUAUGUGCAUAGAAGUAGAAGAAGAAGUAGAAGAAGGCGGCUGUUUGGAUUUGGUAAAUGUAGAGGCAUCAUGUCGGAGCCUAGUGUCCGGAUUUCGGGGACAGUUUUAGCUUCUCUCAUGUUCCAGCAUGUUAACAGCGACUCAGACGUGGAAGGCUUGGUGCUGGGAGAAAGCAGCUUCCAUGAACAGGUCACCAUCAGCGACUCCCAGUCUGACCACAUUCACAUUGAGGAAAUAUACAACAUCCAGAAGCACAUUGCCUGCCUCAAGCUGAACACUCUGUACAGCAGCUCUGGGGAGGUGAACCUGGAUGUGCUGCAGGAGAUGCUUGCAGAUAACAAGCAGGACAGUGUUAUCGGCUGGUACCGGCAGCGCCGGCACUCAGAGCAGCACAUGACGUUCAGGGAGAAGCUGGUCCAUGACAAGCUGAAGAGCGUUCUGAAGAACCCCCACAUGAUCUUCCUGCUGCUGACGUCCAGCAGGGUGACCCCCACAGACUCCACCCACCGCAUGGAGUACUCCGCCUUCACGUCCCGCAGCAGGCGCUUCGUGAACAUCCCGGUGCUGGUGACCAACCUGGGUCUCCUGGAGCAGCAGGGCUACUGGAAGGUGUCUGCUCCCUGCUCCGCUUCAGGCUACAGCCUCACCAUGAACAAACACAGGUCCAGGUUCUUCUCCCCCAGUGGGCUGCUGAAGGAGGUGGAUGAGAUGAACAAGAUGAACGACUCUCUGCAGGUGGAGCUGCAGAAAGCGUGCAGAGAGGUGGAGGAGAGCGAGCGUGCAGUAGAAGCACUGCAGCUGGAGGUUUCAGCCCUGAGGAAGAGCCUCAGAGAGAAGCAGCAAAGCUCAGCAGGAAAAGUUGCAGAAACCAGCAGCCCAGUUGAGCCCAGGAACAACCAGCUGCUGCUAAAGGCCGUUAGAGCGCUGCUGGGCUCCUGCCCUCUCUUGCUCUCUCAGAGGCUGUCCCUGCAGGCCUUCCCUGUUCCCAGCAGAGACACGAUGGCAGCAGACUCAGACAGGGAGCAGGAGCAGCCUGCCCUGCAGCAGGACGACCAUGGGACGAAGCAGAGGGGGGCGCUGCAGGGCAGGGGCAGGAAACGAAGGAGGAACAACUGCUGACUCAGCAUCCUGCAUCAGGGAAGUCCAUCCCUAAUGCAGGGGAAAUAAAUAAAUGCUAAAUAAAUAAAGCCUGAAUAAAUGCUGGGCUUAAAUUAACUGCAGAAAUAAAAUAUGUAGAUAUGUUUUAUUUGAAAAGAAAUUUUUUUUUUAAUGAAAAAUGCUGAGUAUUUUUUAAGUUCUCAGAUAAACAAAUCUGAGAACUGGUGACAUAUUGUCACCUGGAGAUGGUUCAGAAUAACAAUUGUUCUUUAGAAUUUAUUGGAAUAAAUUCAUAUUUAUAUUGGUGCCUCACAGCCAUAUUUA